CCCGCCUAGCGCCGCCUAGCCCCCCGUAGCGCAGCCCGCUAGCCCAGCCCCCCCGCGAUGGCCACCACGGCAGCGUCCCGGCCCGUGGCCCCGCCCGGGCUGGUGGCCAACCCGCACCCCGUGGCGCCCACCCUGCGCCACUCGGCCUCCUUCUCCUGCCUGUACUCGCGGCGGCCGCACCGCGCGCGCACCGCCACCCUCCCCGCGCCGCCCGCGGCGUCCCCGGCCGCGGCGCUGCAGCAGCACGUCGAGACCGACUACGGCUUCGUGGUGCGCGGCAGCGGCGGCGUGCAGCGCGGCCACCUGCACUACCUCAACCACAUCCACCACCACCACCACCAGCUGCUCGUGCGCGAGCCCGUGCCCGAGGACGGCGAGGUGGCCGUCACGCCCAAGAAGGACAACCUGCGCGACGUGCUGGUGAAGAAGUCGGCCUCGCUGCUCAGCCCGUCGGCGUGGUGGCUGCAGCGCCGCGGCCAGGACCCGCCGCCGCCCCACCAGCAGCCGCCGCCGCCACCCCCGCCGGGCGCCGCCCCCGGUCCCGCCCCCGGCCAGCAGCGGCGCUGGCGGAGCCUCGGCGCCCUGCUCAGGACUCCGUCGUCGGCCACCGCACCGCAGGCCCCGCCGCCGCAGAGCUUCUACCUGCUGGACGAUUUCCUGGGCCCUACUUCCACGUCGUCGGCCCGGGGCUCGGCAGCGAGCUCCGGCUCGGGCGGCGCGCACCACAACACGAGCUCCUCCGACUCCCUGGAGCUGUCGUCGCCGCUGCCGCCCGCCGUGCCGCCGCCGCCGCCGCCCCUCCGCAUGCGCCGGCCCUGCCACUGCCGGCAGUGCCACCGCGAGCACAGCGCACAACCGAGCCCCGGGCAGCUGCACCUGAACAAGGACGCCCUGCCGUCCAAGUACAGCAGCAGCAGCGGGAGCAGCAAGACGGCGCAGCAGCACCAGCAGCACCUGCUGUACCAGCAGCAGCAGCAGAGGAACAAGAACUCGUCGCUGUACGCUCCAGAGAACCACAAGCUCCCCGCCCUGAAGAGCGCAGGCUCUGUGAGCUCGACAGGCUCGCCAUCCUCGCCAGGCCUCAACAUCAACAACAACAACAACAGCGGUAGCCGCACCCCCAACAACAAUAACAGCCACCACAAUAACAACAACAACGUGACGGACAGCCCCGCCACCUCCAAACAGGACCCGUUCGGACGCUCACUCCCGCUCACUCCAGCCCAGGCCGUUAAGUACUACGGGUCCCGCCUGUCCGAGUACGAGCGCAAGGAGAUCGAAAGCUACCCAGAGGUGUGGUACCUCGGGUACGAGGCGUCCAAGAUCCAUGGGGAGGAAGGCACGGCGCAGAACGGUGGUUUCGACGACGACAAUGGCUCCUACAACAAGGUGCUGCACGACCACAUCUCGUACCGGUACGAGAUCCUCGAGGUCAUUGGCAAGGGCUCCUUCGGCCAAGUGAUCCGCGCCCUGGACCACAAGACAGGCAAACACAUCGCGAUCAAGAUCAUAAGGAAUAAGAAACGAUUCCACCAUCAAGCUCUCGUCGAGGUCAAAAUCCUGGAUCACUUAAGGAAAAAAGACCGUGACUCAUCCCACAAUGUCAUCCAUAUGCUAGAUCAUUUUUACUUCAGGAACCACCUGUGCAUCAGUUUCGAGCUCAUGAAUCUGAACCUCUAUGAACUGAUCAAGAAAAACAACUACCAGGGAUUCAGUCUGAGCCUCAUCCGACGAUUUGCACACUCUUUAGUGCAAUGUCUGCGACUGCUGUACAGAGAAAACAUAAUUCAUUGUGAUCUCAAACCUGAAAAUGUCCUUCUGAAGCAGAGGGGUAGUUCAUCUAUCAAAGUUAUUGAUUUUGGUAGUUCAUGCUAUUCACAUCAGCGUGUCUAUACAUACAUACAGUCACGAUUUUAUCGCUCUCCUGAAGUAAUUCUUGGUCUUCCCUACGGUGCUCCAAUUGACAUGUGGAGUCUUGGCUGCAUUCUGGCGGAACUUUACACAGGCUAUCCCUUAUUUCCUGGUGAAAAUGAAGUUGAACAGCUUGCAUGCAUUAUGGAAGUUCUAGGAACUCCUCCUGACCACAUAGUAGGCAAUGCAACAAGGCGCAGACUCUUUUUUGAUACUUAUGGCAACCCUCGUUGUAUCACAAACAGUAAGGGACGUAAACGUAAACCAGGAUCUAAAGACCUUGCAAUGGCCUUGAGGUGCAAUGACAAGAUGUUUGUUGACUUUGUAUCUCAAUGUUUACAGUGGGAUUCGAAGAAACGAAUGACACCUGAUGAAGCUCUUCGUCAUGAGUGGCUAGUUUCAAGCUCUUCAAUCGCCCCUACCAAUGGAUCUCACACCCAAACAGAAUUGAGACGGUCCCCAUCGGAAGCAGGUCUGGUGCCCCAUCAUUCACAUCACUCACACCGUGGUGCAGGAAGUGGAAGCAGUGGCAGUGGUAGUGUCACUGGAAGUGGAAGCGGCAGUGGAACUGGUAGUGGCCAGGCAUAUUCCCUUUAUCGACUAUAUCGAGGCAAAAAGUGUGUUUCAAAAUUGGUGGAUGCACAGACUGGUGAGUUAGGAGAUGUCUCAAGUAGUCUCCUUGGAACUGCAAGAACAAGAGGCUCAACAACCACUACACGAGGGGGUGGUGAAUGUUCAAGUCAAGCAGUUGACCCUAACUUGAACGACUCUGGCACUUUUCUCCCUCCUAUUUUGUGAGGCUGGCCUAUUGUCGCUUUUUCCACAGCGACAAAGUACACUGAAGGUUGAAAUCUUAUUCUAGUUUUGUGGUGAUCCUCCACAAUAUGGUUCUUUGCACCCCCUAAAAUUUUAGAAAGGUAAGGAAAUCGCUAGGGUGGACAAGACCAUUGAAAAGCGAUCUUUUGAUUGUUGCUUCCUUUAGCAAGAGCAGGCGUAUUCUGUUCAUAUUAAAGGCAAGAGGAAAUCGUAAAGUUAUCUGUAUGUGAGAAAACGUUCUCAUGUAGAACUUUUUUCAUUUCUGACUUCCUUUAAAUUCUGUGUGAUACCGUACUCUCAGUCACUGAAAUUUUGCACUUACCCACUGUGUACUUGUCGUAUUGUGGCCAAAAUGCCAACCUCUGUGAUGUUGCAAAUAAGCAAAUUCUGUAAGACACUCAGUGAAGUACAUAUGGUACUGCUUCUUUUUCAUUUAUGAACCAGUCAUAUAUUCAUCGUCAUUGUAUGAACUCAAGAGCACUGCAUACCUCUUUGCACUUAAUGUGUUUUAUUGUGUUAGAUGAGUUUGUUAAAAUUGUUUGUUGUAGAGUAUGGAGGAUGAAAAGGGAACAGACUGUGUAAUGUAACUACUGCUACUACCUACAUUGUACAUUAUUAUUAGAUCCAAAAUCCUGUUGUUUUUUUUUUUACCAGAGUGCAGAGGUUUUUAAGUCAUUAUUAAUGGUUUUUGUGUGUUGAAAGAUGUGCUAACUGGGAUUGAGUGACGCCUGUGUGACGUGGCUGCUGUUACCUUAGUCACCUUACAUUGCCUGGUUGCUGCUUUUGAUUGAAUAAUAUUACCCAAUGAUUUUUAACCAAGGAUAUGGUGAUCUCAAGCAGUGCAUUUCUGUUACCACAUGGCAAAGACCAGAAUCAUUACUGGGUUAAUGUCAAUAGACGUUAGAUAAGUCACUUGAAUUGAUUCAUGUAAAAUAUGUGUUUUAUAACUGUAUUCUUCUAAUGAAGAAGCAGACGUCUUUGAAAAUAAAUAAAUAUUGACCCAAGUUUAUCUAUUUGAAGAUCAACAGACACAAUGGUUACUUGAUCUUAGACAUCAAUUUGCUAUAUUUUUUCUGUGUUGUAAAUAGAAUAUUGAUUCUUAAAAGCCACUGCUCAGUGCCUUAAAUUAAAAUCAACUGUAAGCAUGGAAGUGUAAUUUAAUUUUAUAUUCAGUAUGAUUGGUGCACUAUUCAACAGAAUUUUGCAAGUAUAGUCAACAAAAGUUAGUCAUACUUUACUGUCUAAUUUGAAGUGAGGCUCAUCAAGAAAAUACGUCAGCUGUUUCAUGAGGAAGUUUUCUGUGUCUUUACCAUACUGGAUUUUAAAGUCGUUGAAGGGAAAGGAUCUCACUCUUGUAUUAAUUCAUAAUAAGAUCAGGCCAAUAUCUUGGGAAAGAGUAAUUUCAAUUUUUCUCUAAGAAAGCUGCAAGAACAUGGAACUAAUGCAUUGCUCUGUGAAACAACGAAUCUGUCGCCUGUGAGUUCUAUUUUUAUUAUCCAUGUAAGGUGUACCAUCUUGUAAUUUAAUGUUUGUCUGACAAGUUUUCUCUACUCACAAAAUCAGCUCUGUGUGUAGGUAUUGAUAUUGUCUAAUCAAUGAAUGAGUAAUGCUGAGAAGAAGUGAUAAAAAAACAACCAAAGUUCUAGAGAUUAGGCGGGUCCUGAGGAAGUUGCAGAAUGAUGCUGUUCAAUAGUUCAGUGUUGGAUUGUAAUUAUAAUGAAUGGUUUGGUUUUAAUUUUAAAACACCCCUCCUCCCAGUCAUUUUUUUUUCCUUUACCUAUCUAUCUAUCUACCUAUCUAUCUAUUUAUCUAUCUCUGAGAGCGUUUUGAUGUUUUCAUGGCCUUUUAUGUCAAAGAUGAAUACCAUUUGAUGAGACAGCUAUGUUGUAGACUGAUGAUGUCCUUAAGAUUAUAGUCUUUAUUAAGUAGUGUAGGUUGCCUGUUGUGUUUGAUGCAGGUUUGUGUCAUAUGACACCUAGAAAAAUCAGUUUUGAAAUCUAAUAUAACUUUCGAUAAAAGUUCCAUGUUUUGCCUCUCAGAUCCUAAAUAUAUGUGACAGCUGGCGUUUGCUCUCUUUGUUAAAUUUUGUAAUCAACAAUAUAUUGCUGCAUACAUAAAUUCUAAUCCUGGCAUAUUCUCGUAGAUGUUGUUGUUGUUUUAAGUGUCUAUCAUUUUAUUACUGUAUUAAUGACCAAAUAAAUUCUUACAGUCAGUGUAA